CUACUUAAAAUCUUCAUGUUAGUGAAAAUAAGUAUAAAUAUUGUUAUGGAUAUUAUGAAAAUUCCAAACGUGAAUAUUUUUAUUGAUAUUCCUCAUAGGUUGUCAAAGAGCAGCUGUAAUAAUCUUUAUCUUAAACAGUUUCACACUCUGAUCAUCACGUUGUUCUCUUGAGCUCAGUGGUUCUCAGUUGUGUCCCACUCUCACAUAACCACUUCCCCUCGUUCCUGUCUGCAGACUCAGUCAGUUUGAUCAGAAGUGCUUGAAAUGUUGAAGGGAGAGUAAGCGGUCAUGAAGGUUUUUCAAAACAGGAUCCUGCGUCUGAAUUUGUGUUUCAUCCUUACUUUACUGACAAAUGCAGAUUAUUCCAAAUCCAAUCAAGAGCCAAUGAUUAAGCAGCACAUCAACAAAACAGUGUUUGCAGGGGAAACAGUUACACUUCACUGCAACAAAACCAAAUUAGAUGACGAUUUCACAUGGAAACUGAACAGCUUCGUUAUUUUUAGACAGGUCUCUGAAGGAAACAGAACAAUGAGAAACUUCAGCUCAGACAGGAUUCACAUUGACCCAGCAGCUCCAAGAGAAUUAACAAUACAUCAAAUACAAGCGUCCAAUGCAGGAAACUACAGCUGUUAUCCAGCAGCAAUAAGAUGGACAUUAACAAUAACAGAAAACACAACCAGAGCAGAAUCACUCAAACAAAUGCCACUGUAUAUCAUCAUCAUCAUCAUCAUCUCAUGUUCUGGAGUCAUAUUGAUCUGUCUGAUCAUCACCAUCAGCAUCUACAUUCACAGGAGCUGUAAAAACAAUAAGCAGAGUCAGAGAGAAAUGGGACAGGACUUUUCACAGGCAGCAGCCCGAGGAAGGAUACAGACUCAAAACAGUCGGUACUUUGAAAAAUACAACUCGGUGUAUGGACAAGUGUGAAUAUUUUAUUUUAUUUUAUUUUUCAGAAAAAGUCUGAAAUCCUAUCUACCUUUGAUACCUUUGUUAUGUGAAUACUCAACUUAACUGAGUAAAAUACAGUCAAACUGAAAGUUUGUUAAAGUCAGCAUUACAACAGUCAGGGGAUAAUUGUAUAAAAUGAUGUAAAAUGUGAUAAAUGCAACAGUGAAUGAAGAAGCUCUAAUGUAAAUAUUUGCAUUUUUUUUACAUAUGUAAUCAUACAUUUCUAAUCAUACAUCAUCUGAUUUGAAUGGCCCGUAUAAUGAAAAACAUUAGAAGAACCAUAUUUCACGUUAAACAGAUUGUUUUUGAAAACCUGUAAAUGAAAUAAAGCUGCUCUUAAUUGUCAUUGAUGACUGGAGUGUGUUUUAGGCCUAUCAUUCAAUUGUAUACUUUUUUUUUUUUUUAAUUAAAAACAUUUUCAAUGAGUGGUAAACUAAUAGCCUAAUUUGUAUUAUUCUCACAACACAUCAUACGGUGAUGCACUCUGAAAUUAUUGCAACACACUGGGUCUCAUUCAUGAAACAUUCGUAAAUAUACGAGUAAAUAUCUGAGUGAUUUGCGCGUAAAGAGAAC